AAGCGUGGGUGGAACCAGACACUGCCCAGCUGGAGGGUCCCCAUACUGGCUGUGUGGGCCUGGGGGUCCCAGGCUCAGCCCGGAGCCCCGGCUGCCUUGGGUAGACUCGUGCUCACGCGGUGGGGUGAGCGGGGUGCUCGGACGCUUCCCCAGGGUCCGACGGGGUCACCCGCCUGCAGCAUCUACGAGCUCCGGCUUUGGCCUUGCUGACUGCUCACCUGCCGCCUGGCCAGCCUUCAGGGGCGCCGGGCACCGCCUACCUUCUUCCCUGCCGCAAACCCAGAGCUGAAGCGCUGCAGCAUGGCGCGCGGCUGCCUGCAGGGCGUCAAGUACCUCAUGUUCGCCUUCAACCUGCUCUUCUGGCUGGGAGGCUGCGGCAUCCUCGGCGUCGGCAUCUGGCUGGCGGCCACGCAGGGGAACUUCGCCACCCUGUCCUCCUCCUUCCCGUCCCUGUCAGCCGCCAACCUGCUUAUUGUCACCGGCACCUUUGUGAUGGCCAUCGGCUUUGUGGGCUGCAUCGGGGCCAUCAAGGAGAACAAAUGCCUUCUGCUCACUUUCUUCGUGCUGCUGCUGCUGGUGUUCCUGCUGGAGGCCUCCCUCGCCAUCCUCUUCUUCGCCUACACCGACAAGAAGACGCUCCAGGCCCAUCUUGGGGGUUCCCCGCCCCAGCCCUGGAAUCGGCCAUUUCUCCAGGGAGCCUGGUUCCUUUAUUGGAGAACGAAUGCUCUUAGGAACCAAGAUCCAGGCCCUCUCGGCUGGCAGCACGGAGCCGUGUGGGUUGUAACCGGUGUGCGCAGACACAGCCCCGAGGGUCUCUGUGCCCGUCCGUCUCCAUCUAUCGACAGGUAUGCACAGCGGGACCUGAAAAAGGGCCUACACCUGUAUGGCACCCCGGGUAACGUGGGCCUCACCAACGCCUGGAGCAUCAUCCAGACAGACUUCCGCUGCUGCGGGGUCUCCAACUACACUGACUGGUUCGAGGUCUACAACGCCACGCGCGUGCCGGACUCCUGCUGCCUGGAGUUCAGCGAGAGCUGCGGGUUGCACGCGCCCGGCACCUGGUGGAAGGCGCCGUGUUACGAGACGGUGAAGGUGUGGCUCCAGGAGAACCUGCUGGCCGUGGGCGUCUUCGGGCUGUGCACAGCACUGGUUCAGAUUUUGGGCCUGACCUUUGCCAUGACGAUGUACUGCCAGGUGGUGAAGGCUGACACCUACUGUGCGUAGGCUGCCAGCUGCCCGCCACCCCUGCUUUGCUGCCGAAGGAUGUCGCCCCUGGGGAGAUGACCGUGUCCCCACCUGCGUCUCCCGCUACAGGACCUCUCACCAGCCCAGGCAUGGGGGCGGGAGGACCGGGCAGCCAGAGCCCCCAAGGCUGCCAGCCAGGCCUGUGAGCGCCGCCGCGCGGCCGGGGCUGCAGUCGGGAGGGGCUUCUGAUGCUUCUUACACCCAGGUACCCUCCAGAGCAGUGUGCUCCCCCGCAGCCCUGUGCAGGGCGGGGGGCUGGGGUGGGAGGUGGGGGACUGACCACUGGUCCUGGUGCUCGAGGCGGGUCUGCAGCCCCGUCCACCCACAUUCCACAGCGGGGCCGCGGCCGGCUCUGCGUGCGUCUUAAUAAAGUGUGUGGGCAGCAGCCCCCGA